GAUGUAAUAAAUGAAAACACUAUUUCGCCAUUAGAGCCCAUCACGGUUCACGGUAGACUUCUAUUUCUUCUAUUUCCAUUGCAGAAAGCUACCAAAUCUGAGUCGUCCACCGCAUCUUCUUCUGCUUUCUUCAUCUCUUUCUUCGUCAGGAUUUAUUAGUCAGGAAGAAUGGACAUAUCUAGUUUGAAUCGUGGGCAAAUCACGCUGAUGGGUGCUUCGGUCUGUGUGAUGCUUACAAUGCAUUUUACAGUGCAGCUCCUAUCACAACAUCUCUUUUACUGGAAGAAUCCAAAAGAGCAGAAAGCUAUAGUAAUUAUUAUCCUUAUGGCUCCAAUCUAUGCCAUUGACUCUUUUGUCGGUUUAGUGGAUGUCAGGGGGAGCAAACCAUUUUUCACCUUUUUGGAAUCAAUUAAGGAAUGUUAUGAGGCUUUGGUGAUUGCAAAAUUUCUGGCACUGAUGUAUAGUUAUUUGAAUAUAUCUAUUAGUAAAAAUAUUGUGCCUGAUGAAAUCAAAGGAAGAGAAAUGCACCAUUCAUUUCCAAUGACUCUAUUCCAGCCUCGCAGUGUCCGACUGAACCACCACACCUUGAAGCUCCUAAAAUACUGGACAUGGCAAUUUGUCGUCAUUCGUCCUGUGUGUUCUAUCUUGAUGAUAAUAUUGCAGAUUCUUGGGGCUUAUCCAUCCUGGUUGAGUUGGACAUUUACUAUCAUUCUCAAUAUUUCAGUUUCACUGGCCUUAUAUUCGCUGGUAUUAUUUUACCAUGUGUUUGCAAAGGAGUUAGCACCUCACAACCCUCUCGCAAAGUUCUUGUGCAUUAAGGGAAUUGUCUUCUUUUGCUUUUGGCAGGGUGUGGUGCUCAACAUACUAGUUGCCGUGGGUGUCAUUAAAUCUCAUCAUUUCUGGUUGGACGUGGAGCAUCUUGAGCAAGCUUAUCAAAAUGUCUUAGUGUGUAUGGAGAUGGUUGUUUUCUCUGUUCUCCAGCAGUAUGCAUACCCUGUCACUCCUUACACCGGGGACACAGCAUCAAAGAUGAAAAACAAUAAGAAGGAUGAAUAAUGUAACAAGGCUUGAAAACAAAACGAUGAGAGACUGCUAUGGAGCUCCUAAGGACAUCCUAUCCUUAUUUCUGUGGGUGGAUGUAUUAUUUGAUUGUAUUGACCAGAAUUGUAGGACACUGUAGAUGAUGAAUGUAUAAAGACAGAUUUGGAACUUCUUUUUGUGCUCGAAUUAAUCCAAUCCUUUUACACUCAAACACGGCCGUUAUGUAUGGCACAGGGAUUGAACUUUACAUGUUUCUACCACUAGAAAAUUUCAGCUAUCAAGCUAUGUAUGAGUGUUGUAAAUUUGUUUCAAUGGAGGAAAAUUGUUUUCCAGUAGGAAAACCUUCAAAUUUGAUGGA